UCUCUCUCAGAAAUAAAUAAACAUUAAAGCAAACUAAAGAGGCAUGACAACUAAAUGUAAUGUGUGGUCCUGGAUUGGACAAUUGGCCAACGUUGAAUAUGAGGUGGAUUAAAUAGUGUUAACAGCAAACUUCCUUGUGGUAACACAACUGCUGUUAUGUAAGAACAGAUCUGCCAUCCAAAGCUGGUCUACCAAUCAAUAGCCACGGGCCACAAUCGCCUCCUCCCACCUCCCCAGCUAUUUAGUGAUGAUUCAGAUGAGCCCUCCCAGUCCUUCGUUCUCUCCGGGGCAUCCUCCCUAUGCCUCUCUGAGUCUUUUUUCCUCUCCUCCUUGACCCCACCCUCCACCUCCUGCCAACCGGGCUCCCUGUUCCUGUCUUCUGCUUCCUCGUUCCCGCCUGCCCGGCCCCCUGGCCCCUUCCACCUCCCGGCGGCAACCUUCCCUCGCAGGUGCGCCCGGCACCCCGGCGCUCCGCUGUGCGCUUGCGCUCUGCACCCGCCAGAGCCGGGCCAGCCGCCGGAGAAGCUUCUGCGCCGCCGGUGCAGUUUGCGCGGGAUCCGAGCUCCUGGCCGACGCUCGCGCCAGGCUGGGACAGGUGGCUGCGCUCACCCACAAGGCCGCCCUUCUGCCCGCGAUGGGCUGCUCCAGCAGCGCGCUCAACAAGGCCGGCGACGGCAACAGGCUCCGCAGCGAAGAAAGCGAGUCCUGCUUUGCCCAACCCAAACCACAUACUCCGGGAAAAGAAUCAUCUACUCUUUACGGCAAGGUACAAAAGGAAAGUCCGCCUCCGUUAGAGAAGCUCAAGAUUUCAGCAGCGUCUACAGCUAAUGGUGUUAAAUCCCUCCGGGAACAGCCCCUGGCAGACGAUAGUACAGACCCACCAGGACCUACAGAAGACGCUCAGCCUUUAGAAGGACCCAGGGAAUCUGAGCCACUUCAGCCGCAUGUCAAAGAUGAUACUCCCGGGGCAGGAGAGAAGAAUGACACGGAAGCAGUGACAGAGGCUCAGUCUUUAAAAGGAAAUGCUGAGACUGAAUCUGUAGGAAGAGAUACCACGUAUCAGCCGUCGAGGAUCACAGGAGAGAGGGACUCUCCUGGAGCAGUGGAAGGUACUGAGAAUCCACAAACUGCCACAGAGAUGAAACCUCUAGGAACAGAGGAGAAAGUUCCUCCUCUGGAAGCAGCUAGAGAACCACAACCUCAAGAAGCAAUGGGAAAGGGUGAACAGACCCAGCUCCCAAAAACAGUUCCCAAGGAGAAUGAAUCUCCAGAAGGAUUGGAAGGGGGUCAGUUUGUGGAAAUGGCUGGAGAGCAGAAACUUCAAGAAACACUGGGAAAAGAUGAGCAAUCCCAACUUCUAGAAACAAUUCCCAAAGAGAGUGAAUCUCCAGAAACAUUGGAAGGAAGCCAGUUUGUGGAAACAGCUGGAGAGCGGCAACUUCAAGAAACAGUGAUAAAAGAUGAGCAAUUCCAACUUCUAGAAACAAUUCCCAAAGAGAAUGAAACACCAGAAGUAUUGGAGGAAAGUCAGUUUGUGGAAACAGCUGUAAACAAUGAUUUGCUCCAUAAAACUCCUGAAGGUCUAGGAAACAUGGAGCAGAUUCAACCUGAAGGGAUAGUUGGAAGCACAGAGCAUCCAGUGGGAAUUCUAGAAACAGGAGCUAAUAUGGAAACGGUCAGGAAAAUUCACACUAAUGAAGAGGACCAACACAUUGAAGGUGAGACAGGAGAAAAAGUUGAAACAGAGAUGGAGGAUGAGAAAGUAAGUGAAGGGACUGGAACAAAAGAAGAAGAAACAGGGGAAGCUGUGGACCUUUCAGCAGCCAUGUAGAUGGAUGUGGUGGCAGAAAGAUGAAUAGGCAAAGGUGUUGUGAUAGAAAAUGUAGUGAAGUGUGUGACUUCGGAUCUGAUUGUGUCUAUAAAUGUCUGUGUGUUUUAUACAAGGAGUAUGGUUAUCAUGUUCUUGAUUACAUUGUUCCAUAAAACUGCUAAGCUGUAAACAGUUUUCUCAGGCACUUAGAAUAGUUAUCCAUUUAGAACUACAGUAGUCACGGCCAGUAAGGACUAGGGUAUAGGAUCACUGAAGGCUGUGAGGGUGUUUUCUUCACUGUGGCAACACGUCCAUUCGGUUCAGAAAAUGACACCCUAAAAAGAAAGUAUAAACCUUAGGUGUAGGUGGCUGGAGAAAGGAGUUAAAUUUUAGGGAGCAUAUGAUAAUCAAGUAACACAGUUAUAAUUACAACGGGAUAAGAAUGAACAACAACAUCAGGGCAAACUAUAUCUAGUGGGGUUUUUUUUUUUUUAUUUCGUUUUUUUUUUUUUUUUUUUUUUCUGUUGCAGAAUUUAAAGCUGGUAGGAACCUACUCACCUUAAGUCUGUCUACUACCAUAGACUCUUAUUUAUGUCAAAGGAGUGCAGUCUCUGGUGCUGUUGCAAGAUCAGGCAUUUCCACACUGAAAGGCUACACGUUUUUCCAGGUGCCAUUUUAAAUCAGUUGUUGAUCUUACACUUCUGUGAAGGGUUUCAUUGGUGUUAUCCUUUUAACUGACAUUAAAGGCGUUUUAAACGUAUUGACUUUCAAACGUAUUUCAGAGACAACAGACAGCAAGAAUUAAAACCUAUUUGCUGCCUGUGUGGAAUUUAUUCCCUGGGUCCUGUUUUGUUUUGUUUCUCAGAUUGCUGUGGCUUAAUGUUAGGCUUUCAAGGUAGAAAAGAGCUAAGAAAUCAAGAUUUAGAAACCAUUUAUAAUAUUGCAUUAAUGUUAAAAUGAUGCACCAUUGAAAGUUACUUUUCACAAAUUCUUCCUAAGUUGCCAAGGGAUUUUGGUAAAAGAUUAUACAUGAAUAUAGUAAUGACAAUAGCAAUCUUGUCUACCAUUGAGGACCUGUGUUUAUGUAUAUCAGGAUAGAAUUAUAUUCUGGAAACAUUUUGUUUCCUUUUCUUAUUUGUAAAUGUGUAUUUUUAAGAUAACUGCUCAGAUGAAUUAACUAGACUCUUUUACUUUUAAUUUUUUUUAAUUUAGUUAACAUAUCAUGCAAUAUUGGUUUCAGGUUUAGAAUUCAGCGAUUCAUCACUUACAAACAGCACCCAGUGCUCAUC